ACUGUAAUGCUGUCAGCGAGGACGACCCGGACAAAAAAAAUCCGCUUUUAAUUUUAGAAUACUAAUAUCAAGUUCCGGGAAAAAUGGCGACCCCCAAAUUCCGGCACCAAGGACCGCUGGAGGUAUGGUCUUUGAGAGAAAGACUUGCACUGGCAUGUUCCGUAUUGAGAAGUGGGGAUCAGAACUGGGUAUCAGUGAGCAGAGCCAUCAGGCCCUAUGGAGAACCCAAUCACACACCAGAAAGCUUCUCACAGAAGAACUGUGCCCUUCAAUAUGCAGAAUUACUGGAAAAGGCAGAAACACCAAAGCGGAAGCGAGGUGAACGAGGGGAGAUUGAAACACCGGGAGUACAAAUCAUCCGCAAGCUCAGCAUAGAAAGGAUGGAAGAACUGAAGAAGAAAGUCACUGAACAGCAACAAAGAUACAAGAAGCUGAAGAAGGAAAUGGAAAGUAUCCGAUCUGGACAAAUGGAUGAUAAACUGGCUGAUAUAUGGCAACAGAUGCAGAUGGAGAAAAAGGCUGCAGAGGAGGCCAAACAACUAGAGAGGAAGCUAGCAGAGGAGGCUGAAGCCAACAAGCCCCGUAAAGGAACUGUGAGUCGCCUGUUUGCUGAACAGGGAAAUACUUUGAUAGAUGUGGAGAAUAUUAAACAGGAGCCCGGUACGGAGCCAACCCCUCUUCUGGCCACUGAAGGCCCUUCAGGGUCCUCCGUCACUACGGCCUUGACCCUGAAGACUGACCUCACAACACCUGUUGAGGACAAGCCCAAGUCCUCCGCUACAUCUGAACUGCUAUCUUCUUUGUUACAGAGUAAACACUACACUGUCAACCAGUUGGAAGCUGAGUUGAAACAAGAACUACAUGCACAGCAGUUGGCAGCCAAGGCUGCAAGUAAAACUGCUGCCCCACAGGCUCCGCCCAUCAAGGAAGACGAUGACCCCGCCUCCAGUACUGAGGACUCGUCAUCCUCAUAUGUGACCCCCACCAUGACCAAAUUGCUGGAGAAGCCUGGUCAGGGUCAGCUUGAUGAGGACACACCACAGGCAGACUUGACAGGCGGGGCAACAGACUCUGCAUCCAUCACCACUGACGACCACACAUUAGACAUCAUGGUAUCAGAGGAGGUUGUGACAGAGGAGGAGGAAGACGAAAAGAACGAAGUGACAACAGAGGAUGACGAUGACACAAGGGACUCCACAAUAGAUGUUAUGAGCAAAGACGAUGAAAUGUCGAUACACAAAGUGGAUGAUAUUCCAGAGGACAGCACAGAGUCUGCUGAUGUAAACAGUGCCAGCUUCAUCAACGUGGAUGACGAAAUUUCCAUCAAAGAAGAGGAGCCUCUCUCCCCAGCCAGUAGUGUGUCCUCUAAACUCAGCGAGUCUGACAACAUCAGAAAUGUUGUUCGACGUCGAGGAAGGGGAAGGUCCCGCGGAGGCAGACGACCAUCCAGAAGACCAAGGAGGGCAUUACAUGAAGACGAACGAAAGGAUGACUCUUUGUCCCGACCUAGUGAUGGAGAAACUACAGAGGAAGAUGAUGACCUAGCCUCAAGUUCUCUCAACCAGACAGGAACAUCGGGGACUUUCUCAGAGUCCAUCCCGAACAGUCCUCUGUCCCAUUGCAGUGAUACCGAAGAUGAAAAGAACUGGAAAAACUGGAAGAAAUCUAUUAUGCUGGUGUGGAAAUCAGCUGCCAGCCACAAGUAUGCCAAUGUGUUCAUGCAUCCAGUUACCGAGGACAUAGCUCCGGGUUAUUCCAGCAUUGUUUUCAGACCAAUGAAUCUGGGUACUAUCAAGAAGAAUGUAGAAAAUGGAAUCAUUCGAACGACUGCCGAGUUCCAGCGUGAUGUAAUGCUGAUGUUUACCAAUGCCAUCAUGUACAACAGUUCCAACCACAAUGUGUACAAGAUGGCGGUUGAGAUGUACCACGAUGUCAUGCAGCACAUUGAGCAAUAUGUGAGUACACAGUUGAUGGUCCAGUCAACUGACACCAAACAUCUGCGCACGACACGGCGAGUUGACAACACUAGUGAUAAGGAGGAGGAGGCAAAACGUCGUCGACUUUCCACAGACUCACACAUACAUACGGAAGGUGGAAAAGCGAAGAAACGCAAAACUUGAGGCGACGCCUAGAGGGAGAUUCAGCUGAUCGAAGGGAGACCUUCUUGAAACUGAUUUGACGAUUGGCUGACAUCUAGUGUGAAUCUUGAAAUCAUUUUGAUAUUUGAGGCAACAUUCUGUGCUAAUAUGCACACAUUAGUGACAGCAGGUGAAAGGUUUGAAAUAAAUAAGUGGCCACAUCUGUUAGAUGUUCUUGGAGUUUCAAGUGGCAACACAUAAGAAUACCAUGAUUAGCAGUCUUCUUCCCCGGAAAAAGAUUUACAGAGAACCAAAUUUUCAUGUUGAAAUCAAGCGCACAGAAGAUGAGCAUUGUUAACAAAUAGCAUGUUUACAGGAAUGUUCACCUAGUAUGUAAAUAAACAUGUCAAAUGUGGUUCAAAAUAGCUACCAGCACAGUCAUAUGCCAUGAAAUCAACGUUGUAUAGCAACACAUCAGAACUAGUGGACAUAUUGGAAUUCUUCUACAUUUAGCAAGAUUGGUAGAUGCCUCCUUCUAGUUUUGGCAAGGAAGGCUUAGGAAGAUUUCAGAAAGUUUUCCGAAGUAGGUGAUUUUUGAAUAAAUUGGUUUGAAGAAACUCCAACAGUGUCAUGUCUACUUGAAGUCCUUCAAGAAUUAAAUGGCGACACUUCCUUUAAGUUCUGGAAUAACUAAGUGGCACCACCUGCUAGUAACUUUGAUAGAUAGAAUUUAAGUAAGACAUGUGUAAACGUUUUCGAAUGUCAAUUGGUUCCAACUCUCAACUACAACAUAUUAUUUGGAUGAUUAUGUUAAACAGUUUGAAAGUAAGUUUUCAUCUAUGGAUUGUUUUGUGAAAAUGUUCUUAGACUGCCCCUCCCUUUCUCACAAAAAGGAAAAACAACCCUGAAUUGAAUUGUUUCUGCAUAAUUGAUUGAAUGAUGAUUUUCAAAACCUUGUCAGAAGUAAAUUUCUACAGAUGCAUUUUGGAUAAAAUAUAUAUUACAGUAGUUUUUGCAGUUUGACAUUUGAGUAGCUUGAAAGUAGACAGCAAAACUGAAUUCUAGGGGUUGAACUUUGGAUCUUUUCACUUACAAUCCCAAUUUACCAAUUUUGAUAUUUAGCAAAUGUCAAGCUAAGUAUCAAAAGGUGAAUACGUUGCGAAUGGAAGUGAACCUUUAUCUUUGCUUAUCUUCUACAGGGAGAAAACUCCCAAGUAGAAAACAGUUUUGAAUUGGAACUCUCUAUCAUCAUAACAGACGGUAUAGCUCGUGUAGUGGUGCCCUUCACCUUAAUAUAAUGCAUUCAUUUAAGUUCUGAAAUGAGUGACAUUUUAUAUGAGACCAAGUCUAGAAAUAUUCAAUUUAGCCUGGCUCUGCUUAACUAAAACAUGCUUGUGAUGAGGUUCAUUAAUCUAUAUGAAAUGCAAACCAAUUUUCAGAAUCUGUAUUAUCACAUUCACAAAAAUGUAUGUGAAUAUUUGUGAAAAACUUGUGUUCUAUAGCCAUUGUCAAGUCCUCGACGUCAUCAUUUUCAUUUCAUUGGUACUGUUGUCUAGGCCAAAUCACAACACUGCAACAUUAUGUCUAAUGCCUUAAUUCCGAUGUUACAUUGACUGUUAUUACAUGUUAGAGAUUUCACCUCAAACGAUGUUGGUGUAUACUAAAAAUAAUUAUGUUUAUCUCUUUUACUUCAGAAGCCGCACUUCAUGAUGUUCAAAAAGUGCUCAGUCAACAGAAAAGCUCUGCCAAUUUUGUAUCAGUAUCAUUUUUUCUUGACAACAUUUGCCUUAAUCAUGGUUUUGAACAUUUAUAUUAAUCAUGUUGCAGUCUUUCACUUCGCAGUGUGAUUAUAAUGCCAGGCUUAUAAACCUGGUCAAGAUUUAUGAAGCAAAUAAAACAAGAAUAC